UGCCGCCAUGGAAAUAUCUCAACAUGUUGUGCGAUUUAUUGUCUAUCAGUGUUUGUGGCUUUACAUUACAGGUUUCGAAGAAAAGUUGAGGUGUAUGUCCUGCGACAGAACACCCACUAUACAGCAGUGUCGGGAAACAAUAGCAUGUAAAGAACAUGAGAUUUGUUCUGUCGAGGAGUUCAUUUCUGCAACUGGCGAAAUUUACUACAGACUUGGGUGUCAGUCCAAUGGGACAUGCCAAAACUUAGGCAUGGGAAGAAGGAGCGCUACAUACAAGACGGAUGAGGAGGACGUCGGUGACAUCAGCAUCUGUGCAGAGUGUUGCUCUUCCCCGUACUGUAAUAUGGAGGGCUGCGGACAACCUGCUCUUCCAACUAGUGAACGAGGGCCCUAUUGUUUUACCUGUGACCAAGCGUCCUCCGCAGAUGGUUGUGAUAACGUCACCGUCUGUGAAAAAGGAGAUAGAUGUAUGCUUUACAUCGACGCAAGCAAUCUUGGACAAUCUGGAAACGUUUCAUACACUAGUCUGUGUGAGAUAGAUAUUGUUUGUUCCGCCCUUGAACACGCACAUUUGAGCAGCAUGUGUCCAGCAACAUGCUGUAAGGGCGACUUCUGCAAUACGAAAUGUGGUGAUAUAUCCACAACUGCAACAACAAUUUCGCCGUCAUUAGAACAUACAACUCAUAGUUUUGCGAACUUGACAACUCAAAAACCAUACUGUCCACCAGACCAUAGUUUCGAUUCAUCAUCGUUGCUUUGUAUAAAGUUGGAGGAAGCAGCUAAAUUCAACUUCAGCGAAGCCCAAGCGUUCUGUCGUCAAACCGGAGAUGAGCUUGUUACACUGGACACGUACGCUAAGUUCAACUUCGUGCAAUACGCCAUCAUACAUCAUUCAAAGGAAGAACAGCAGCAAAGGAACUACUGGAUCGGUGCACAUGCAAAUCUGACUUUAUCAGGGAAGGUUUUUAGAUGGGAGAGUCUGCGGACUUGGAACUUCACAGCAUGGGGACCAGACGAACCAGAUGUCGACCCGAGUCAACUCUGUGUCGUGCUAAAUGUCUUGGAAAAUUACGAAUGGUUUGACACUCGAUGUGACAGUCCUUACCACUUCAUUUGCGAGCACGAUAUUUUUGUAAAUGGCGGCUUCACUACAAGCAUGACACACCCACAAGCGUCAUCUAGACCAUUAACGACACCAUCCACACCUUCAACUAUCUCUCCAUCAUCAAAUUCGUCAAUGACCUCGUCGUCAACAACAGCCUUAACUACAACGUCACAGCUAAUCUGCGAUACGACGAUCGGUUUUACUCUUUUGUCCAAUGCAUCUACCAGUUUGUGUUUGAAAAUAUACAACUUUUCCGCUAACUGGGACGUUGCUCGAUCUACUUGCAAUUCUGUAAAUGCUGAUUUGGUUGUUCUGGACUCAUAUGAAAAAGGCUUUUUAUUCAGACAAUGGAUAUCUGGUUUUAACUACACAUUUUGGCUUGGAGCUAAGGACCACAGUAGUAGCGGCAAUAACCGUCAUCAAUUCGAAUGGAUAAAUCAACAUCCUUUAGACUCGCGGAGUGAAUUUUGGGGAUCUUCUGAGCCAAGUUCAGACACUGGUCAACAGCAGUGCCUCAUUGUAUACUUGUCCAACAACUUGCACGACAGACCAUGUAGGGAAUUCCAUUUGUUUAUUUGUCAAAGAAACCUUUAAAUAAUAUUUUUUCAUGCCGUUUUGACUGCUUCAUAAGCAAUGUUGAUGACAAUGCUUUAUAAUUUAUUCUGGUAUUAAAAAAUACACAUGUGAAUAAUAAAGUUAGUUUUACUGAUUUGGUCGACAACACGAUGAAAUCUGAAACGACGAAAACGAAACUUGAUCAUGUAAUUAUAUAAAGUAUUAAUAUCCACAUGAAGUUGUAAAAUGUUUUAUGGCAAUUGAAUAGCUAUGGACUAGAUGAAUUAAUUUACAAAAAUGAA